CAGCUCGCUGUGAGUGGCAAGCGAAGAAGAAGAGACGCGCACGUUUUAUUCAAUUCGUUUUUAUUUACAAAAGUUUCGCAGCUCUUCUCUGGUUUCACGCAACAAAUGUGCCAAAAUGGUGGAUAAUAUAUCGCUGAAUGUAACCGUGCAGCCGUCGGCCCGCAUAAAGCAACAGAAAGCGCCUUUGCAAGCGGCCAAAAAACGUGCACAGAAAUCCGGGGAAUUCGACUUUCAGUUCAAUGCGGGGAAGCCCAAAGUCAGGGCGACCGUUGUGCGCCGAAGGGCGCCUCCUUUGAAAGCAGAACCCAUGACUUCCGCCGUCUCCAGUGCCACGAAACCAGCGACGCCCUCAGUUUCCCCCACCAAAUCCACACUUCCCGCGCCUUCCGCCGCUGCCAAGGCAAAUGCAUCCACCGGAGAGCUUAUGUUCAAUGUCAGCACCUCGAAGCCAGCUGUUAAGAGCGUCCUGGGCGACGACUUCAUGCUGAAUGUGACCACCAAGCCGGUGGUCGCCCAGAAAGCGAAGCCCAAGAUCACACGCGCCGAAAGGUUGGGCAGGAAACAGAGGCAGGGAAAGCCGCUGGCGAAGCUCAGCGAGGAGCAGCUCACGCGGGCGCUGAAGAGCCACCGCAAGCCCAAGAAUCCCAAUCAGCUGCCCACGCCCGGUGACCUUUUCCGGGCCCAACUGCAGGAGGAGAGGCGGCAAAGGAGGCGGGAAGCGGAAGGAGCGGAGGACGAGGAUCGGGAAGCCAGCGGCGAUGAGGAGCAGGCGAAGGGCAAGUCAGGAGAGGGAGCAUCAUCGGUUAGUGAGGAGUCGGCUGAGUCCGGCGAAGAGUCUGCCGCAUCCGAUGGGGAAGCAGAUGCCACCAGUGCAGCACCGCCAGCUGCAGGAGGAGCAGCCAAAAAGAGCGGGAAGAAACCACAGAAAGCUGAGGAGACCGCAGCCACCAACCGCUUUCGCACCAAGAAGAUCGGCCUCUUCGACCAGAGCGACGUGGAGGCACUCAAGCAACUGGGCCAACGAGCAGUGAAGCCCGUCAAGGAGACCAUCUUCACAGGCUCCAAAAUAUCCACCCUGGGACUGCAUCCGCACGCCGUGAAGAACCUGGAGGACCUGCUCAGCAUUCGAGAGCUGACCAGCGUGCAGCAGAAGACCAUACCCGAAGUGCUGCAGGGCAAGGAUGUGCUUGUGCGCUCGCAAACGGGCUCGGGAAAGACCCUGGCAUACGCACUGCCGCUGGUGGAGCUGCUGCAGAAACAGCAGCCGCGCAUUCAGCGGAAGGAUGGUGUGCUGGCCCUGGUGAUUGUGCCCACCAGGGAGCUGGUGAUGCAGACAUACGAACUCAUCCAGAAGCUGGUCAAGCCGUACACGUGGAUAGUGCCGGGCUCCUUGCUCGGCGGCGAGAGCAGGAAGAGCGAAAAGGCCAGGCUGAGGAAGGGCAUCAACAUACUGAUCGGCACACCUGGUCGUCUGGUGGAUCACCUGCUGCACACGGCCUCCUUUAAGCUGACCAAGCUGCAGUUCCUCAUACUGGACGAAGCCGAUCGCCUGCUGGAGCUGGGCUACGAACGCGAUGUCAAGCAGUUGGUGGAGGCCAUUGACAAGCAGCGGGCGGAGUGCGAGGACAAGGAUCUUCCCCAGCUGCAAAGGAUGCUGCUGAGUGCCACACUGACCUCGCAGGUCCAACAGCUGGCCGGUUUAACGCUGAAGGAUCCCCUGUACAUAGACAACAGCGAUGAGGCGGCGAGUGCGGCGCUGAAAGGCAAGGAUGGCUACCAAAAGGAGACCAUCGAAGCGCUGCUCGAGGUGGACGACGGACUGGGCGAGUACCAGGAGGAUGUGACGGGUGUGCUCAGUAUACCCGAGAACCUGCAGCUCAGCUAUGUGGUGGUGCCGCCGAAACUACGCCUGGUGGCGCUGUCCUCGCUGCUGGCCAAGGAGGUGGACGCCAGUCCCAAGCAGUUCAAGGCGAUUGUGUUCAUGAGCACCACGGAGAUGGUGAACUUCCAUCACGACAUGCUCAACGAGGCGCUGACCAGGCGCGUGCUCGACGAGGAGGACGAGCAGGAGAAGGGCGACUCGGACGACGAUGACGACGUACCCUUGCUGCAGGGUCUGCGCUUCUUCAAACUACAUGGCUCCAUGACGCAGACGGAACGGCAGGGCGUUUUCCGUGGCUUCCGCGACUGCGCCAGCUGCGUGCUGCUGGCCACCGAUGUGGUGGGUCGCGGCAUCGAUGUGCCCGACAUCAAGCUGGUGGUGCAGUACACGCCGCCGCAAACCACCGCCGAUUUUGUGCACCGCGUGGGUCGCACGGCGCGAGCGGGCCGAAAGGGCAGGGCGGUGAUCUUCCUGGCGCCCAGCGAGGCGCAGUUCGUGCGGCAUCUGGAGAAGAAGCGCAUCCGCAUCCAGCAGGGCGACAUGUACGCCUACCUGCAGACCCUGCUGCCCAAGGACGACGAGGCCAGGACGGUGCAGGAGGCGGCCUCCAAUCUGCAGCACAAGUUCCAGACGCUGCUCGAGGACGAUCGCGAGCUGCACGACAAGUCCUGCAAAGCCUUUGUGUCCUGGAUGAAGUUCUACUCGACGUUUCCCAAGGAGCUGAAGCCCAUCUUCAACGUGCGCAUCGCCCACAUGGGCCACUUCGCCAAGAGCUUCGCCCUCAAGGAGGCGCCCUCCAAGUUCGCCGCCCAGCACGCCGCCCCCAAGGCGGCCCCGCCCACCAACCGACUGACCUACACGGAAAGAGAUCCCGAGAAGAUUCAGGCGCAGAAGCGGGCCAAGCGGCGCUUCACGACGACGGUCAGCGGGGAGGUGCGGCAGCUGCAGCAGCGGGACGGAGGAGGCCAGAACCAGAAGCCAGGAGCAGCGCCAUCCAAGGGUGGCUUCAUGGGCGGCGGAGUGGGUCGCAGCAGCUUCAUGAAGAGCCUGGGCAAGUCGAGGGCGCUGAACAUGUCCGAGUUCGACAGCGGACUGCCGCCGGAGGGAGCCGCCAAGCGACGCAAGCAGGCGUAGGAGGAGCAUCUGGAGCGGGAGGAUGGCUGGGACCUGGAGCACUUAACCGACAUGGAGGGGGAAGUGGACGUGGACGCGGAGCAGCAGGCGGAGGAGUGGCGCAGUGCGGUCCGGAUGGAGUUCUGAGCACUUUGCGGCACUUUAUGCGCGCCAUUUUGCCUGUCCGCUGUGCCUGCUCAAGCAUUUAAUCGAAAAGAAAAUUGCUCCAUAUAUAUUAUAUAUAUACGAGUACGAGUAUAUCCGAGUAAAAAUCUAAGAAAACCCAA